UGUUUGAGCCAGUGCAGCCCAGUCUGAGCUGUUCACAUGGUUUGUUAAUGCCACUGAUAUGUAGUGGAAAGAAACCCCCCAGAGCCCAGGCUGGGGUGAACAGAGGGACAGAGUGGUGGCAUGGCUGGCUAGUGUAGUUCCAGAAGUACAAACUGGAAUGAUCUCAGUGUCACUGCGUCAGCUUGCCCAGGCCAGCGCAGCCACCUCAGUCUGCAGGUAAAGGGUGCUGGUCAGAUAGGUUUUGACUCCAGCAACACUGGAAGCAGCUUUCUGGAAUUAAGUCUGGCUGGGUUUAAUUACGGAGCAGGACCCCCGCUCUCCCCUCGGUGGGACUGGCUCAUAUAGCCUCGUCCAUCACUGGGCAAGCUGGGGCCUGCCCUGCAUUUUAAUGAAUAGUCAUGAGGGACAGAAAGGGGUGGGCCCCGUUUUGUUGUUGGAUGCAGCUAGUUGACAGAACUAAGGGAGAUGAAAAAAGCAAAAAAGCCAACAAACCGCACACAGGUGGCCAGUGCAGCAUCCCUGGCACUGCAGCCCCAGCCCCGCGCCUCAUGCUCCGGCACCGCAUCUCCCUGGUUGGCUCCAUCUCCUCCCGACCCCAUGACUCCUCUGGCGGGACGGUUCCCACUUAUCUGUAAAUCCCAAGAAGACUAAAAUGCUGUACAUCAGCGACCCGAUGCAGCAUUACACCACGUCCCAGUUUAAUUUGCUGAACAACAGCAUGGAUCAGAGCAUCGGCAGCAGAGCAGCCUCCACCAGCCCUUACAGCUCCGAGCACACCUCCAAUGUCCCAACGCAUUCGCCCUACUCGCAGCCCAGCUCUACCUUCGACGCCAUGUCCCCAGCUCCCGUCAUCCCCUCCAACACUGACUACCCAGGUCCCCACCACUUUGAGGUGACCUUCCAGCAAUCCAGCACAGCCAAGUCAGCCACCUGGACAUACUCCCCACUGCUGAAGAAGCUCUACUGUCAGAUUGCCAAGACAUGUCCCAUCCAGAUCAAGGUGUCCAGCCCGCCGCCCCCGGGCACCAUCAUCCGGGCCAUGCCUGUCUACAAGAAGGCCGAGCACGUGACAGAAGUGGUGAAACGUUGCCCCAACCACGAGCUGGGGCGCGACUUCAAUGAUGGCCAGUCAGCCCCAGCCAGCCACCUCAUCAGGGUGGAAGGCAACAACCUCUCGCAGUACGUGGAUGACCCUGUGACAGGACGGCAGAGUGUCAUGGUGCCCUACGAGCCCCCACAGGUGGGGACCGAGUUCACCACCAUCCUGUACAACUUCAUGUGCAACAGCAGCUGCGUGGGAGGAAUGAACAGGAGACCCAUCCUCAUCAUCAUCACCCUGGAGACGAGAGACGGCCAAGUCCUAGGAAGGCGAUCAUUUGAGGGACGGAUCUGUGCCUGUCCCGGCAGAGACCGGAAAGCUGAUGAAGACCAUUACCGAGAGCAACAAGCCCUGAAUGAGAAUGCAGCUAAAAAUGGCAACGCCAACAAACGCACAUUCAAACAGAGCCCCCAGGCGAUCCCAGCACUGGGGCCGGGCGUUAAGAAACGGAGACACGGGGAAGAGGAGAUGUAUUACGUGCCUGUGCGAGGCCGGGAGAACUUUGAGAUCCUGAUGAAGAUAAAGGAGAGCCUGGAGCUGGUGGAGCUGGUCCCACAGCAGCUGGUUGACUCCUACAGGCAGCAACAGCAGCAGCUCCUGCAGAGGCAAAAUCAGCUGCAGACGCCUUCCUCCUACGGCCCUGUCCUCUCACCUAUGAAUAAAGUCCACGGGGGAGGAAUCAACAAGCUGCCCUCUGUCAACCAGCUGGUCGGGCAGCCAGCACAGCACAGCUCCAGCUCAGCACCCAGCCUGGGGCCAAUGGGCCCUGGAAUGCUGAACAGCCACUCCAUGCAACCCAAUGGAGAAAUGAACGGGGGCCAUUCGUCCCAGUCCAUGGUCUCAGGAUCGCACUGCACCCCUCCUCCACCCUACAACCCCGAUCCCAGCCUAGUCAGUUUUUUAACAGGAUUGGGGUGUCCAAACUGCAUCGACUAUUUCACCUCACAAGGGUUACAGAAUAUUUACCACCUGCAGAACCUAUCCAUAGAGGAUCUCGGAGCACUGAAGAUCCCAGAGCAGUACCGGAUGAUCAUCUGGAGGGGCCUUCAGGAACUCAAGCAGAGCCACGACUACGGGGCCCAGCAGCUCAUCCGCUCCAGCAGCAACGCCUCCACCAUCUCCAUCGGCAGCUCGGGCGAGCUGCAGCGGCAGCGCGUGAUGGAGGCCGUGCACUUCCGCGUGCGCCACACCAUCACCAUCCCCAACCGCGGCGCGGCAGACGAGUGGGCAGACUUUGGCUUUGACCUCCCAGACUGCAAGUCCCGCAAACAGUCCAUAAAAGAGGAGUUCACGGAGGGAGAGAUCAACUGAGGGUUCUCCGGGACGCCAUGGUGGGAGAGCGGACGCAAAGGGAGUCCGAGGGACGGGCAGGGGAAACCAAACCCCACGUGAAAAACGGGAGAAUACUUUCAGCCUUGAGCAGCUGGAGAAGCAUAAUAUUGCUGGGCGGAUGCGGACUGCUGGCUGUGUGAGAAAACACGGCCCCGAUCCAUCCGCCAGGUACUUCCCAGAGAGGAAAUCCCAGUGGUUUUGUCAGAGGAUCGAUGGGAGGACAGGGCGGUGAGGCAGCUCCUGGAACGCAGCACAGAUCCUGACUGCACGCGGCAGAGGAGUCAGCUGCUGGUUCAUCCUUCUGUAUUGUGCUGGACGAGCCUCGCAUCAAACAGAUGCAGCGUAAAGAUAGCACAUUUUCUGUUAGUGACACCUGCCUUCUUCUUACCUCUGUUCUGUGUUCUCAGUGGUGUUGAAAACCAACAGGUCCUGAUCAUCGUGAAAAACUGCUGUAGCCCUUAUCUGCUCCGUUUCUGUACGAGUAUCUGCCAUUGACUGACACAAGGCAACAGUCUGCUUUCCUGAUGGACUGCCAGAAAACGCGUUCCCUUCAGUCCCCUGUAGAGCAGAAGCCUCUUGGUCAGUUCCAGAUGUGUUCACGUACUUAAAUGUUUGUGUAUAUCAACAGAACGCCAUGUACAUACAGUAUGCUCAUUGCUCUGCAAGGAGGAAAAAAAGAUUUAUUUUCGUGUAAGCUAUAAAAAUUGAUACUCCUGA